CUGAAUCCGGACGUAGUUGUUUUCGCCGUCGCUGACUGACAUGAUUGAUUCCGGUGCUGCUGGGAAGAGGUUAAUUUGUUGAACACUGGCAAUGAAACAUUUUUUGCAUUGCCGCUAGUUCAAGUUGGAAAUUGAGCUGCAUCAGCUAGUUGGGCUCAGAGUCAUCAUAUGUUUAUAGGACACUGAAAGAUGACGCUGCCGCAACUGUUACCAAUGGCUUAUCAGGGUGGUGUCGAGCCUAUGCAAGUAGAUGCACCUCCAGAAGAUAAUGACAAUUCAAACGAAGAAGAAUUCUACAUCGUCAGAAAUCCAACUUUGGAUUUGGAGACAUACGCCAAUAGUUACAAAAGCUUAGCAAGACUUCACCGGUUAAUGUUCAUCGCUACCCAUUGCCCUUCAAUGAGAGUAGAGGCGCUAAAGAUGGCUAUACAAUAUGUCAUGGGGACAUAUAAUGUAACACUUUAUCAGCAACUUCAUAAAAAGCUCCAGGAAACAGUUGGACCAAGUUCUGCUGCCAAUCUACCAGAUGUUGCUGGUGGAGGUGCUCAGUCAACAUCGCAGGAUAUACCCGCUUUUGAUAUUCAUUGGGUAGAAUCUAAGUCAAAGAAAGCUGCUUUAAAAUUGGAAAAGCUGGAUACUGAUUUAAAGAAUUACAAAAGCAAUUCUAUCAAAGAAAGCAUAAGAAGAGGUCAUGAUGACUUAGGAGAUCAUUAUUUGGAUUGUGGAGAUUUGUCCAAUGCCUUGAAAUGCUACUCUAGGGCCAGGGACUAUUGCACAUCUGGCAAGCAUGUGGUCAAUAUGUGUUUGAAUGUUAUUAAGGUCAGUGUCUACUUGAAAAACUGGUCCCAUGUUCUUAGUUUCAUCAACAAAGCAGAAGCUACCCCUGAUUUUUCAGAGGUGCAUGGCAAAGAUAGUAAUCAAACCAUCAUGACUCGGCUGAAGUGUGCUGCUGGUUUGGCACACCUUGCCACAAAGAUGUACAAACCAGCUGCCAAACAUUUCCUGCAAGCAAAUUUAGAUCAUUGUGAUUUCCCCGAACUUCUUUCUCCAAACAAUGUAGCAAUGUAUGGUGGGUUGUGCGCGCUUGCUACAUAUGAUCGAAAUGAAUUGCAAAAGAAUGUAAUUUUCAGCAGCUCAUUCAAACUGUUUCUGGAGCUGGAGCCUCAACUUCGUGAUAUUAUCUUCAAAUUUUAUGAAUCCAAAUAUGCAUCUUGUUUGAAACUUUUAGAUGAAAUUAAGGAGAAUCUUCUGCUUGACAUGUAUUUAGCACCACAUGUUAACACACUUUAUUCUCAAAUUCGUAAUAGAGCUCUUAUCCAAUAUUUCAGCCCAUACUUGUCAGCUGACAUGCGGAAGAUGGCUAGUGCACUGAACACAUCUGUUCAUGCUUUGGAAGAUGAAUUGAUGCAACUUAUCUUGGACGGACAAAUUCAGGCAAGAAUUGAUUCACACAACAAGAUUUUAUAUGCUAAGGAUGCUGAUCAGCGAAGCUCUACCUUUGAGCGAUCCAUUAUGAUGGGUCAAGAAUAUCAACGGCGCACCAGAAUGCUUAUUCUUCGCUCUGCUAUGUUAAAAAAUCACAUCCAUGUGAAGAGCACCACAGGCCGUGAGACUGGCCAGUCUGGAGAUGCCGCUCAAAGUGAGUCCACAACGGGACAGCGGGCAGGCAGGGGAGAUAUCAGUCACUCCGGGGAACAGCAGUAGCACCAAUGGUGGUGCUGAUGUCAUGUGCUGACAGCUGACUGCUCACUCAAGACUUUGUUGCUGGAUUUCAAGUUCUUUAGCUUAAUUUAUGACUAAAUUCUCUGAUCUGAGCCCUCAAUCUAAUACACCUCUCCCCCUUUUGUUUUUGAAAAUGUUAUUAGCUGUGCGAAUAAUUUUCUAAGCCUUAUUGUUGUCCGUAAGCCUUAUUCAUUGUGUAUCAAUCAGUGUAAAUAUAGUACUGUAAUACUUUUAACCUUAUCACAGUUAAAUUCCUGAACUUUUGUUGAGCUUCAAUUUUUCAUAAAAUUUUAUAGUACCAUCUAUUUAAGAAAUUUAUGAAUAAAUAUGUGAUGCUGUGAAUAACAAUAA